AUGAACAGCAUAAAAAGAUAUUUGGCGGACAGAAGAGUGCCUUGGCCUUGGACAAAGAAGGAUGACUUGCCAAAUGAGUCAAGCCCUCUCAUACCAAAGGGAGAUGCAGUGCCUCACGGAAGCACCGAGCUCCAUCAAAUGGACACAAGCGGUGAACACGAGCCCAGAUUCAAAACGAUCCAGCCCCGCCGCGGGUAUUCUUUCAUGGACUACUUUCUCAAGUACCUCCUGGUUCUGAGCAACCUGACCUUCUCCGUUCUGGGCCUGCUUCUUCUCGCCUUGGGUUUCUGGGGCCUCAUCAGCAAAGAGUCCUUCGCUCAGGAGAAAAUCGGAAGCAUUGGCACCGACCCGAUGUUGCUACUGGUGACUCUAGGCCUGGUGCUGACGUCGCUGUGCCUGACGGGCUGCGUGGGUGCCUUGCGGGAAAAUUGUUUCCUGCUGAAGGUGUUCUCAGGAAUCCUGCUGGCGCUCAUCACGGCCCAGGUUUUUGCAGUUAUAAUAGUGUACAAUAUGCAACAGCAAAUCGGAAACAUGUUGCGAUCAGCCAUGUUGGCCGCCAUGGCCCGCUACCAGGACGACCUGGAUUUGAGGUUCAUCACCGAUGAGAUUCAGUCCAAUAUGCAGUGCUGUGGGGCAGAUACGUAUCGAGACUGGGACGUCAACAUAUACUACAACUGCUCCGCUCCGGGAAUUAUGGCCUGUGGCGUUCCUGCGACGUGCUGCAUUAACCCGCUGGAGAACGGGACGUUGUGGAACUCUCAGUGCGGCCUGGGCGCCCAGUCGCUGGACGAGUUCAGCGCCCAGAGCGUGAUCUACCUCGGGGGGUGCUUGAGGAACAUCUCGCUGUGGUUGCAGCAGCACGAGUUCUCCAUUGGGACUGUGAUUCUGGUUCUACUGGGAGUGCAGGUCCUGACUGUUUUUGCCACCACGCGACUCCAACAGAGGAUUCACUGGCAGAAAGUUCACACGUAA